AUGGAUGACAGCGGCAACAUGUCAUAUGGUAACUCUUCCUGGGCCACUACCGGCACCGGGAGCGACGAGUAUUUCUUCAAUAUGCUUUUUGGGACCGACGAACCGACGGACCGGUCAUGGAACAGCCCCACGUCUGCCGACAGCCAGCAGCUGUCUCAGUGGGAGGACAAUAUCGUCAUGCCGCCUACCGAACCUCCUGCAAAGGACGACGAUGCCAAGUCGGAAUGCUCAGCUUGCGACGGAGAAGACUGCCCAUCGAACGCCUGCCCUAGUGAAUGCGGCGAAGACGGCCAUGGAAGCGUGUGCUGUCGCGACGAGGACUGCGACUCCAACGUUGCCGACCGAGUCUGCUCCGAUGGAUCCUGUUCCGGUGCCAGAGACCCUUGCGAACAAGAGGGCUGCGAUCCACGCCGUCCCGAGCUUUGUCUUGGUGAUGCCUGCGAGGGUGCUGACGAUGCUUGUACGCAUAAGGAUUGCGAGUCACACCCUCCUGGCUUCUGCCUGCGUGGCGCAUGUGAGGCUAUUGGUGAUGCUUGCACCCACAACGGCUGUUUCGGUGACCCCUUGCCAUCUUCGACGACUGGAAACGGCACCGAGGCAGCCGCAGCCGCCGCGGCGCUUGCAUCCUUUGGAGACAUGUCUGGCGUGAACUCGUUCGCCGGCGGAAGCCAGCUUCAAGCGUUUGGCAACCCUGCCUUUACCUUCGACCCGACGACUCAGCCGUUUCCAAGGCAAGACGCCAGCGAUAUGCUGAACUGUAUGGGGCCGGGAAGGACCGACAAUGCCGUGCUUGCGAGGGUACCCCAGGCCUUCGCCGCGAACCCCCAGGGGCCAACCCAGAACGGCUACCCAUGGCCCAACAGGGAGCUGCUUAGCCAUCUCAGGGAUUAUCAUGCCACUCCUCACAACCACUCUAACCAUACGCGCCCCUGUCUUGCCGACUACCCGAAUCUUGCGGGUGCCAAAUGCACUCUACCUACACAGGUUUUUAGUCAGCUCGAGACCGGUGACGUUGCUGGCCAGAGCUCGCCGUUUCAGUGCGGAUUCUUGGCCCAGGACCCGGCCAUGUUCGCGGAUCAUGUCGUGUCUCAGCACGGGGAUCUCCUGCACCAACUCCCGGAUAGCGUCUUCAACUUUUCUCCCUCAGAUUGGAAAACAUUUAUGCAAAAAGCUGCUGAAGACUGGCAACACCACGGCUUUGGAGAGCUCAACGGUACAAGCCAGGGAGCCUGCCAGCUUCACGAGCACAGCCACGGCCAGAACCAUCAUGGCUACAGCCAUCACGAUCACAGCCAUCACGCCCACAGCCAUCACGCCCACAGCCAUCACAACCACAGCCAUAGUAAUAGCCAUGCCCACAUCCAUAGUCACGCACAUCUGCCCGCCAAGGCGGGGACGGACACGUUGGCACAGACGACCAACCCACCCUCACCUGCAUCAAUGGUCUGCUCUGGCCAUCAGCUGCCGACACCAGAUUCGGCGCUCAGUCCUACCUCUCUCUCGCCCUUUGGAAACCGUAGUCUGGAGAAGCAGGAGUUAAAACCGGACUACUCAUCGGCAAGCCAGUCGUAUGGCCACCACAACGUGUACCAGUGCUCCUGGACAGACUCUCAGACGGGCCACGCGUGUAACCAAAACUUCCAAAAUAGCGACGACCUAGACGCCCAUUGUAGAGAAUACCACACCAAGAUGCUGGAGAAGGGUACCUGUGGAUUCCGCUGCAUGUGGCGGGGUUUCAAACCUUUAGAGUGCCCCAUCUGCCACAUGCGGUUGUCUGCUAAGCAAGCCUUGGAUCAGCACAUCAGAACACACACAAAUGAGCACCCCUACGCGUGCACAUAUGAAGGAUGCGGCAAGACCUUUAAGCAGCAUAGCGCACUCACCAUGCAUAUUCGGACCCACACAAAGGAGAAGCCCCUCAAGUGUGAAAUAUGCGGUGCGGUGUUCACUGAGUCGUCGAACUUGAGCAAACACCGCCGGACGCACUCCAAGUCUGGCAACUUCGAGUGCGAUUUCUGCCACAAAGACUUUCAUAGGCUCGACCAGCUGCGUCGUCACCUCAAGACGACGCACAAAGAGUAUGACUCGGAGACUAUUAGCAAUGUCAUUGAAAAGGCACGGCAUUGGCGGAAAAAAGAGGAACAUGCCAAGAGAUCCGGCGGUAUGGACGAUUUGUCUAUAUCGUCUGAUAAUCUCUAUAUUAUGCCAUGA